GAAAUCCCAGCCUUUGACUGAAGUCCGUCAACUGCACAUUUGAACAAGAGCACUUCCUCUCCAUGCAUGCACUUCAUCGUCAAUAGCAAAAACACUGCCACAGGCUGCGGAACGGGUUAUUUUAAGCUGGUAUUUAUUGGUAAAAGGAACAAAAAUCCAAGUUAUGUUUAAUUUAUAACCGUAGGAAUAGAUCCAGUGGAUGAAUACGCACUUUAAUCUGCUCAGGCAAAUGGAGAACACGUCACAGCAACAGCCUUUGGAGGUGUCUCCAAACUCAAGAAGGAGUUUCAGCUUCUCAUCUCUGCGUAUUAAAAAAAGGCACCACAGUAAUGAAGAGGGAGGAUUCACACAGCGGAGAGGGUUGAAGUCUUUUUCAUCAGUACGGGAGACAUUGAGAAAGGAUGAAGAUGAUGCCUCAAAGCUCCACUGUACCGAGGACCAGGCGAACCAAACAGCUGCCAUCCCAUCAGGUGAAGAUGACUCUGGACAACCGGGGGCCCUCAAGAGGUUCAGUGCCAUGUGGUCGUCCUUCCGCAGAAACAGAAGAGAUGGAUUCAAAGACUCUGAGCCGCAGGAGCUGCCCGACCCGGUGGCUGAGAACUCUUCCAGGCAGCAACGCUACGUCAGUGGGCAGUACUUCUUCGAGUACCUGGUGGUGGUCAGCCUCAAGAAGACCAAAGACGGCAGUAGCUACGAACCUCAGAUCACCUACCAGUUCCCCAAGAAAGAUGGGAUGGCUAAAUACCAGAAGGAAGAAGAGGAGAAGACGCUGAGGGCCAUCACUCUCUUUUGUUUCCCAGAGGGCAUCAACUGGGCUCCUCUGACAGAAUACCCCAGUGAGACGUUCUCUUUCGUCCUGACUGAGGUCGACGGCAGCAGGAGGAAUGGGUACUGCAGGAGGUUACUGCCCGGAGGGAGAGGAGCCCGCCCCCCCGAGGCCUACUGCAUCAUCAGCACACUGGCUUGUUUUGGCCUCUUCUCCAAGAUAUUAGAGGAGGUGGAGAAGCGGCGGCAGAUCUCCACAGCCAUGAUCUACCCGUUCAUGCAGAAGCUGAGGGAGGCUCCCUUCCCAGCCCCAGGAAACACUGUGGAGAUUAAGAGCUUCAUUCCAGAGUCGGGCACUGAGAUCAUCAGUCUGACGCGCCCGCUGGACUCCUGGCUGGAGCACGUCAACUUCGCCAAGCUCUUCGACUGCCUGACGGAUGAGGAGGUGCUGCUGGUGUUCGCUGCCGCCGUCCUGGAGAGACGGAUCGUCUUCAUCGCUGAUGAACUGGGCACAUUAUCACAGAUCAUCCAUGCUGUGGCUGCCCUCCUGUACCCCUUCACCUGGCAGCACACCAUGAUCUCCAUCGUUCCUGAGAUCCUCAUCGACGUGGUGAUGGCCCCCACCCCCUACCUGCUGGGAGUCCAGAAGCGGCUGCUGGACCUGGUCACUGAACAGAGUGAUCUGCUGGUGGUCGACUUGUCUGACAAUAAAAAGGAAACCUUCAUUGCUUCAAUUGGUGAUGAAGACUCUAUUCUGCCCCCGAAGCUCAAAAGUGAAAUCCUAGUGGCUCUUAGUGACCGACAAAAAGCAUCAACGGUGGAGGAGUUGAACCGGGUGGUGUCGGAAGCCUUCCUGCUCUUCUUUGUGAAAACAGUGGGCCACUACAGGUCCUAUGUGAAACACAGUCGAGGAGGGGGGCCGGGGGUGUUUGAAAAGAGAAGUUUCUACAAGGCCAUCGAUUCCAAAACCACUCGACACUUUGUCAAGAAGUUCCUCCAGACGCAGAUGUUCGACCUGUUCAUCCAGGAGGUGGAGCAGCAGCAGCCUGGACCGGAGCAAGGAAUAUUUCACAAAAAGAUCCUUGAGUACCAGGAGAAGAAGAAAAAGGACAAGGCAAAGAAACACUAGCUCUGGGCGGGGGGUGGGGGGGGGGGGCCGGGCCGGGCCGGGUGUACAUAGGGGAGUUGAUAGGACUUGUGAGAUGUGAAUGUUGCACUGUGUGUUUUCUGUCCUGUGUCAGUGUGGUUUUAACUAUGUGUGAAUUACUGUAUGGCUAUGUUGCUGCUAUCUGUGAAACACUGGCAGAAUGAGAGACUGCAGUUCCUCGUGUUCUCAGCCUGUUGCCGCAGUCUGUCACUGAUGAGCAGGAAAUCAUUUCAAAUAAAGACUAAUUUUUUAAGUCCA